GGUCAGGCUCGCCGCAGGAAGAACAUGACAGAGUUUCUUGGCGAUGCUAACAUCCCACCCCCAGACACAUUGGCCCAGCUGGGUGGCUCUCUGCCUCCUGCCAUCAUUCCAGGGCCUGAGAGCUGGAAGAACCGUGCUGCCAGCCGAUUCAGUGGCUUCUUUGGUGCCAGCAGUAUAACCUUUGGCAAGGAGGUGGACCGUGUGGAACAGCUCCAGCACAAACUCCACUCAUACUCGCACUAUGGGCUACCAAAGGUCCCCCCUCAGCUUGCCUUCCACCAGGACUCCUGGGAGGGGGAGGAGGACAGCAAUCUGAACAUGGAGGAAAGCUGGCAAGAGAUACUAGACCAACCAGAGGCGCUGAGCAGGCGGGAGUUCCACCAACAAGAGGCCAUCUGGGAGCUGCUACACACAGAGGUCACCUACAUCAAAAAACUCAGAGUCAUCACAGAUUUGUUCUUGUGUGGGCUACUGAACCUGCAGGACAGCGGGCUCCUGGGUGAAGUGGAGCCAGUGCAUCUCUUCAGUAAUGUGCAGGACCUAGUGCGGGUGCACACAACGCUCUGGACCCAGGUCAUGCAGCCAGCACUUGACAAAGCCAGACAUCUCCGAACCCCACUCAACCCAAUAGACCUGCAGACAGGCUUCAGAACAUUUGCCUCUAGGUUCCAGCCUUACAUCCGCUACUGUAUGGAGGAGGAGGCGUGUAUGGAGAACAUACGCACCUUACUCAGAGACAAUGAGCUGUUUAGGAUUUAUGUAACAUGGGCUGAAACACACAAGCAGUGCAACCGUCUGAAGCUUGUUGACAUGCUGGUGAAGCCUCAUCAGAGACUCACCAAGUACCCCCUUCUGCUCAAGAGCAUUCUGAAGAAGACUGACGACCCUGCUGCACGAGACAGCCUCAACAGGAUGGUGGUGUGUGUGGAGGGCUUCAUUAACAGUGUGGAUGCUCAGAUGCAUCAGCGUCAGGAGCAGCAGAAGUUGGCUGCUAUCUCUGCUCGGAUGGAGGCCUACGAAACAACAGAGGGCAACAGUGAAGAGGUGGAGCGGAUACUGCGGGAGUUCAGUCGCCUUGACCUGAUGGCCCCAAUGAUGGACACCUCCCUAGAGGAGACUCGGCAGCUGCACCUGGAGGGGACACUGCGCAUGAAGGAGGGAAAGGACAGCAAGAUGGAGGUGUACUGUUUUCUAUUCACGGACCUGUUGCUGAUCACUAAGCCUGUGAAACGUGUGGAGAAAGUAAAGGUUAUCAGGCAGCCCCUUCUCAUACACAAUGUUGUGUGCAGAGAGCUCAAAGAUCCUGGCACAUUUGUGCUCAUUUACCUCAACGACUUCAAAAUUGCUGUGGCUGCCUACUCCUUCCAGGCCAAUAGCGCCACCCAGGGGCGAAGCUGGAUAGAAGCUAUCUGUAAUGUACAGAACCAGUUGAAGCGGCUACGCAGAGAGGAGGCUCAGCGGAGACAUGCGUGCCUGCAACAGAAGCUGGAGGAAGAGGAGGAGGCAGAGGAAGACGAGAGCAGUAACUCUACAGCCAGCUCCCCUUCCCUUCAGCAGCGGCAGGCUCACCAGACCAGUGUAUCUGAAGGUUCUUCAGAAACUCUGCCGGUGAUGGAAGUGGAACCCAGUGGGGUUCUUGCAGGGUCAAGGGUUCCUGGAGUUAACAGGACUCCUCAAGCCCAGGGUCAGGAGUUUGUAUCCAGCGUGACGGAAGACGAUCGACAAACUGGUGUGGCAGAGAUCAACCCACAAAGUUGCUCCUUAUCCAUGGACAGUGCUUAUGGUACACUCUCUCCCCAGUCAAUGUUGGAGCUGCAGGGAGUAACCAAUAGGAAUGAGGGAGAGGAGAUGGACAGAGAUAGGGAGGAGGAGCAGGUGAUGCUGUGUGAGAUAGCUGAGCUGGAGGAAGAGCAAAAGGAGAGGAGGAACGAGGGCGAAACAGAGGGAGGAGAGGAAGUGUCAUGUGACUUGUGUGAGCACGUGGCUCAGACACAGAAGCCCAGGCGGAGGCCGCCGGUGCAAAUGCGCGUCCAGACGCUACAGGCGCUUGCUAACAAGUCCCGCUCUGAAGACAACCUCCUCCAGCGCCUGCACACUGACCCCUCCGCUGCUGCUGCCCCAUGUGCCGCCACCAACGCCUCAGCUAAGCAGUGGCAAGAUGCAGGGGGAAUAGGAGAGUGCAUGGCCUCAGGCAGGAUGGGCCACAGCAGAAGCCUGACGGAGCUCGGCCCCGGGGGAGAAGUGGAGACACAGACAGGGAGGUGUAGCCACAGUGACAAGCACCCAGACGCCAUCUCUUGCACAUCGGAGUGUAAACUACUUCGUUCAAACUGAGUUCUGGGACUGCCUUGCUGUAAAAGCCUCAUUUCUCUGUAAAUGCUACCUUGUUUCGUUAGCACACUUUAAGGUAUUUAUUGUCUUUCUGCAUAGGCAGAGUAGCACAGGCUCAUAUUUUGCACUUUGAAACACAAGUAGCGUUGAAGAGAGAGUUGUAUGAGUUACUGUAUGAGGUAAAGCAAGCCUUGGUAUUACAAUAAGAGGAACCUUUUGAGGAGGAAGUAAACCAUGGACUUCUGGUAGGACAUGAGUCUUGCUGUUGGCAUACAAGCAAAAGAGAAGAGGGCCACGAGGAGGAGAGUGGACCUGCAGGACUCUGGCGCCAUCCAGUGGUCAAGGCGUGAGCUUGAACUACAUUGAGAGUUGUAGCUGAAGAAGUCCUUUGGUUUGUGGGGAAUGUGCCUUGAUUUGAAAAUUCAAAAAACAAUGUAGUGUUCUGUAUUUGAGCAGUUGUUGGUUACGCCAGUGUGGCAAUAUGCCACUGCCAUGGUCGAUAUUUGAUACAUCAUUUAUCCCAUAGUAUAACACAUUUACUAGAAAUGAACAUUAUUUAUGUGACUAUGAAAACCAUUUUGACUAUCCUUUUAUAGUUGAAAAGCAGACAUAUACAGUAGGUAGCUGGUUCAAUUUUACCCCAUGCUUCUUAUACUUUUUCCUUCAACAUUCUGUAUCAAACAUAGUACAUUCCCUCUACAUUCUAUAUUAAAUUUGGUUGUGGCCUAGUCAGGCUUCUGGGUUUCCAAGUGAAACGCUGGAAGGUUGUGAGUCCCAGGAGCUGCCUCUGUGCCCCUGGCCAAGACAUUUAACACUGAGUUGCUUCAAAGGACUGUCCCUGUUGUUAAUUCACUGUAAGUUGCAUUGCAAAAGCGUCCGCUAAAUUACAAACAACAAUACUUUACUAUGUUAAAACUUGUCAACAAGUGGAUUAAUUGUACUACUACAGGGCACAAUGCGUUACAAAUCAGGAAAUUAAUAUGUACCAUAAUAUAAAUGUGAAAGGGUCUCUCUCUCUCUCUCUCUCUCUCUAUCUAUCUCUCUCUCUGUGUGUGUGUGUGUGUGUGUGUGUGUGUGCGUGUGUGCGUGCGUGCGUGCGUGUGUGUGUGCGCAGGCGCACACAUUAAGAAGUUGGAUGGACUUAGGCUAAUCCAAGCCAAAAUAAUUACUUGACUUCAGCCAAAAAUGAAUUUACCAGCUGCUGGAUUUGUAAACAGCUGAGAGCCGGUUCCACACCGGAGUACAGCAGAUGGCUAUAGAAUAGGAUGUGUGCACCUUCACUUGGAUAAAGAAUUUGAGAGAACUGAACUAUUACAUGAAAGUGGAAUUGUGUUGUUAUACCGGCAUGCAGAAUAACUUUUUAAAAAAAGUUAUUGCUAUCUGAAAUAGAGCAACUACAACCUCACUGUACACACAAAUGUACACACAUUGAUGAUAUAACUGAGGGAUCUAUUGGCCGUAUUAUGAUUUUGUAUAAUGGUUCAGAGUGAGCGAGUUAUACUAUACCUAUACUGUUGGUGCUUCAGGAUCAAAUAUGAUGAUCUACCUGUUUUCUAACUCUUCACAACACGAACCAUGCAGCUGGAUAUUAACUGUGGUCUCCAACGACAUCCACACGCUUUGCUAAAAGAACUUAGAACUUAUACUUCCCAUUUCCAUUCUAUCAUCCAUUGUUUUAUUUUUUUAUACUUUUUACUUUUCUGUUAUAUAUUUAUUAAGGCUUUGCUGUUUAUACAUAUGAAAGAGACAUUUUUAGUUUAUUUAAUGUGUUUUGUAUAUUUAGUUUAAUCAUGUCUUCAGUUACUGCUAAAAGGCAAUUAGCAAUUACAUUCUCUGAACAAUGUUGGACUGUUGCGUUUGAAAAAAAUGAAAAGAAAAAAAUUGAACCGCGAAAGUCUUUACUUAUUACUUGUUAUAAAAAAUGUAUUACAGCAUAAAGGUAGCUGUCUCUACAGUAUAAAGACAGAUUGUAAUAAAUAAAGAUGUUUUGGA